AUGGCCUCCACGGUCCGCAUUCAUGAAGUAGACACCAUCUCCGGGGAAGCUUCGAGCACGUCCACCAACAGCCCGAGAUGGCAGAUUGAAGUAAGUGCGGCCGCCAAGUCAGUCAGCAUAGAGCUCUGUGACCCGGCUACCAAAUUGGCCACUCAGGCGUUGCCUGGGCUCGGAUCAGAGGAGUCAAUUGCCUGGUACCUUGAAGAGUAUAUGAACGAGCCUUUCGAGACAACCAAGUCAGAAUCUGCAGCAGAGCUACUCACAGCAUACGGCCGAGAUUUAGCUUCGCAGAUUGUUGCAAGCGACCUGUUACCCAAAAAUGGACAUAUCCGAUUGCAGAUCUCCACGGCUAGGAGAACAGGCAAUGCUCCCGAGUCGCUCAGUCCAUCGCUGCAUCACUUGCAUUGGGAGGUGCUUGAAGAUGUCAGGGUAUGGCCCGCCGGCUUCCAGCUCAGUGAAGUCAACGUGGUACGAUCAGUGACCGAUGCUACUACAAAGUCAACAUCAAAUUCCUGUAGAGAGAAAGUCAAGCCCAACACGUACAGUAUUCUCCUUGUCGUCUCCCGCCCCCGGCCUGAGGAAGCUAUCGAGUACCAGCUGGUUGCCAAAAGCCUUGUAGCCAUCGUCGAGAGACUUUCAAGCACAAACCGGACAGUCAAUAUAUCGCUCAAAAUCCUGCGGCCGCCAACGUGGCAAUCAUUUCGAGAAGACUUGUCGGACCAUCAUUACGACUUGGUUCACUUCGAUAUGAAUGGAAAAAUUGAGCCCGGAAAGGAAGGCAAUGCGAGGGCAGUUCUUGAGUUUUCUAAGCCGCAUCUGCGCAAUCCUUUGAAAAUCAAAAGUGACUGGAGGGCGGGAGACGAGGUUGGCAAGGAGCUGGCCAAGGCAGGAGUGCGAACUGUGGUCCUCAAUGCCUGCAAUUCGGCCACCUUUCGGGCUUCGGCGCCAGGGACUAAUCUCGCCGAGAUACUCCUAAGUCACGGAGUGCACUCCGUUCUCGCCAUGGCCUGCAAGGUGACUGAGGAAGCUGUGGACAUCUUCAUGGGAGCCUUUUAUCAAUUGCUCUUGGCCGAUGGUAGUUCUAUCGAGGACGCAACUCGUGCGGGCCGUCGCUCGUUGCUUCGCAGCUGGUCAAGGAGAGCGUCGUACAUGUAUCAAGUCCAGCUUGCAGACUACAUUGUCCCAGUGCUCUACAUAUCAAAGGCAGCUCCGGAGGUGGCAAAGUCAAAUGGAAGCUUUUUCUCCAUGGCAAAAAGUAUGUUAUCGUCAGUAAUGCAAUAUGCCCCGGCAGCGACUACCGCACGUAUCAACGGCUCAGCCGAGCACAGAACAAAGCAACAGGAGGGGCUACCCGGAAGGGACUUCAACAUUCUUUCUCUCGAGGUCCUCCUUUCAGUGUCUCCUGUAGUUCUCCUCCAUGGACAAGGCGGCGUUGGAAAAACCAAGUUCCUUCAAUAUGCAUGCAGGUGGUGGAAAGCCACCAAUUGGAUCACCGCGGCGGCAUACAUUGACUUUGGUCAGCCACGCUCAUACUUGAAUGGCUCCAUUGAGACCAUAGCCAGGUCAAUAGCUGUGCAGCUGGAGUUUGAACGAAAAGAUAUGUCAGCACAGGAGGUUAUCGAGAAGCUACAGGCAGGAAGGUACCUCGUCGUUUUCGACAGCGCCGAGGUCUUCGACACCGAGAACCCUGGGGACCAGAUUUACGUUCGCUGUCCAGGCAAGCUAGCCAAAGGCUUGACGGCCUUUAUUGAUAAAUUGAAAGCCACGGUAAGUCGCUCAGUGGUUGUUGUGGCUUCGCGGUUAGACACGACGACCAUCGCCUCAAUCCCUUUGGAAUGCCACAAAUACCAGCUGCCUGGCCUCUCAGUCCUGGAUUCAGUGGAGUUGCUUCAGAAUCUGGCGCUUACACCAGGCCAAAGGACACCAGAGGGUUUUCACAGCCGAGAAAAUAUCGAACUGCUCCGACGUGCUGCCAUUAUUCUCGAGGGGAACCCGGCUGCAUUGCAACUGAUCGUUCCAGAGCUGAAAAGGGUCAACUUGGACGGGAAAACACUCCUCGACAACCUGCUCUAUGGUGUCUGCACGACUGCUAUAAGGCAGGAUUUGUCAUUAUACGGCAGAUUUGAGCGCUCAGUCAUCGAUGCUUGUGCGCUGGAAUCUCUCAGUGAUGCUGACGCGACGGGCGUGACAGUCUACCAUUUGUGCCCUUUCUGGAAUCUCAUGCCCAAAGACCUCCACAUGUACUACUGGUUUUUUGGCCUGUCUACCUACGAGGGCGUUCCGGAGUACAACCUAAAGACGUGGCUAUCGCAGAACUUCCGUCGCCUGGUCGAGAUGGCGCCAACUGGACAGAGCAUUCGUGCCCACUGGCCGGACAUGGAGCGAAGACUGAUGAGCAUGGGAAUUCUCAGCCAUGCCACCAUCACAAAGCAAAACGGUGACAGUAUGCCAUGCUAUCAUGUCCAUCCCAUCUUCACGCUCCUUAGCCGCGGCCUGCUAAACGAGGCUGGCUGGAAACAAGCCCGCUUUGCCUUUGUACGUGCAGCCAUUCUCUGGGAUUCGCACGACAACAAGUACGGCGCCGACAACUGGGCAUCUGUCAAGUGGGAUAGUGGACAUCAAGGACCUCAACACGAGGACUACCUCUACAACUGGCGUGCCAUUGCCCUGGCGUGGUCGGUCAAGGACGGGAACCCCGUCGAGGAAGCAUCCCGUAUGGGCAUUAGCCUCUUCGACUGCGUCUACCGCCUGAUAACUGAUGCCUUGUAUGGAAACCCCCGCCAGGGCCGACUCCUGAUCCCCCAUUUCACUCUACACCUCCUCCACCUUCACGGCAUCAUCGACUUGUUGCGUCCCAACCAGACUCCAACUGACCAAGACGUAUACGCCAUACUCACAUACUCCUGGGACCUCUGGACGCUCGAAACCGGUCUGCUGGAACCGCCGUACGCCAAGCUCACAGCCCUCAUCGGCACCGCCCUCGAUGUAUUCCGACGAUGGAGAAUAGCCACCACUACGCAAGCAAGAAGUGGAACUAACGGUGAGCUGGCUUUCCCAUCACCAGCAACCGAAGUGUCGUACCAGCAGCUUCUGCACGCCCUCGCCAUCUCGACGCAAGACACGGGCGACAUUUUAGGCGCCAAGAAGCUCUACGAGGCCCAUCUCGCCACCAACCCCGUCACGACUGACACUAAAAUGUUGCGUAUUAUCAGCCGCUGGCAUUUCCAGUCACUGGGUAACUGGGGCGGAUGUGUAUUCACAAUCGCGCAGAGUACCGGUGCUGUCCAUAAGAAUAUGAUCCGGGAUGGGUUGCGAAGUCUUCUCGAAGCUGCUUGGGAUGAUGGUAAGCCCGGCAAGCUGAUGGGAUGGAUGAUGAAAAAUCUCACAGAGAAUCCUGAGGAGUUUUGUAGGAUAAAAGUGAGGGACGAGGUUGCCUUUUGCCUGGAGAGGGAACCAGAGGCGGUUAAGAAGUUUGGGUGGUUUGCGAAGGGAUUGUUGGAGAUGCCGUUGUACGCAGUGUAUGAGGACCUUUUUGCCCAGCCGAACGAACCAGGAGCAGAUGAUGCUACCUCCGCCCCAAGCAAAACAAAAGCGGAAAGAAUGUUCAAAGAAAUAACAAAAGCUCUGGAGCCUGUAAACACAAAAGACGGGGGGCUAAGAAGGGUUGUGCCGCAUACGUUACUGAUGAAAAUGGGCGCUAGCGACCACGAGUUUAUCAUACGCCAGUUGGCUGGCGACACUACAGGCGCGGCGGCCGUGUGGCAGCAGACAGAGUUAGCAAGAGAGGCGCUCAGCUCGACAACGAGUACGGGCUGGCAGCGGCUGGCCGAGUUGCACAUGGGCAUGUACAUGGUGGCCGUGACGGAGGCAGCGGAGCCGGACUACAAGAAAGGGCUGACACACCUGAAAGAGUGGUGGAAGCUACAUGAGCAUAGAGCCAUGUCGCCAAGAAGCCGGUGCUGUGCCCUCAUCGACCUUGCGGCGUGCCAUCACGGCUUGGGCCAGGUCGCGGAGACGUCGAGGGCGGUUAUUCAGCUCAUCCAGGUGGGACAGAGCAUGGUUCCGACUGACUGCCUGAAGGGGGAUGUCGAAGCCACUCACAACUGGCUGUAUAAGACCAUAUUUGGGUUCCGCAAGCUCCAUGUCUUUCUGGAUGUGAAAGCUGCCAUUCUUCCGUCGACGACGGACGUGGCCCAACUAACGUUCCCAGAGAGAGCUAUGAUGUACCAGAUCAUGACGAGAGCGAAGGAUAGGCAACGCCAUAAAUUGCAAGCACAGUUUUUGUCACAAGGAUUUCCCCAGGGAUGUAUUUGA